GCCGCGAAGGUGGCGAGGGCCACCCGGGCCGGGCGGGCCUGGGCGAGCGGGGCGCGUGGCGCGGACCCCUUCGGCGUGAGUUUGCAGAGGAUCGACGGCGCGCGGCCUCAGGACAGCAAUUGGUGCGGAAAGCAAGGGAUAUCGAGGACGCGGCGGCAUGAUCGGAACGUUGCCCAGAGGCGGAUUGUUGUCAUGCCUGCAAGACAUGGCGCUCUUCUGCAACAUGCUCAUGAAAGGAGGCCAGACGUUGUCUGGCGACGCGUACCUGACGAGACGCACUGUGAGCUCCUUGUGGUGCGAUUGGCUGCAGCUCCGCUGCGUGCGUGCGGAGCGGAGGCCAGGCAGCCCGAUCACCAUGCCAGGCUGGUCGAACGGCCCGAGCGUCGGCUGGAGCCCGCUCGGCCACGUGCGGCGCCGCGACGGGUGCCUGUUCAUGGGCGGCUGGAGCACGAGCUGGGCCAUCUACCCGAAGUGGCAGCUCGCCACGCUAGUGCUGCACCAGAGCCUGAUCUGGUUCACCGUCCCCGCGUGGUGCGAGAGGCGCGACGAGCUCGACGGCGUGGUGGAGGCGGCGAAGCGCCGGCGGGGGCGCGCCCGCGUCGGGCGCGGAGGAACGGCGCGGAAGGCCCAGGCCACGCAGGGCGCGAAGGACACGCGAGGUGCGCGAGGCGCGGCCGCCUCCCGGCGGCCCUUGGCAGCCAGGAUGGGCCGGCGCACCCGCGCGGCCGAGGCGGGGGCGCGGAAGGACGGACGUGGCGCGGAAGCGGCGCGCCGCGCCGCGCGCGGCCGCCCUGGCCUGGCGCCCUUCGAAGCGCGCGCGCGGCUGAGCGAGACCCCCAAUCACGGCGGGAGGUUGUUCCAUAUCCUCGACUGCCGGGACGGUCGGUCCCUGUUCACGGGGAGGGAGGGAGGGAGGGAGGCCAGGCCUCAGGGGAGCAGAGGGCGCCAACGAUGCACCGGCUCCGCCCUCGGCCCCGCUGGGCCAGGCCCCGCCCCUGGGCCCCGCCGCUCUCGGCCCUGCGAGUCGGUGUGGGCGCCCUCCUGGCGGACGUGCCCGUGUUGGACCGCGGGUGGGGCUGACCGGCCCCGGCCUCAGUGGACGGAGGGCGCCCUCCAGAGCGGGCGCCAAUGCAUCAAGUCACUUUGCGCUGCGGUAUGCCGCCAUCAGUGCAUCAGGCGCGAUCGCGCUUCAAUGUAAUUUGUUUUGUCAAUUUCCCAUGCGGUCUCUGGCCUGUCGAGGAGGAGGAGG